AUGGUUUCUCAAGAGAUUGUACCGCCUCAUGAGAAUAAGGAGCCUACGGCUGAGGUCUAUUUAGACCAUGAUACGGAACCAGAGGUCGAAACAUAUACGACCGCAGAUGAAUCCCUCAUUACAAGGUGCAUCUGUUCCAAAGACACAAGGAACGGGGUGAUGGUCAGGCAGGUCCGAGGGUUGGAUGACGCCGCAUGGUAUAGGUGCUUCCCAGCCAUGCAGAAGGGCAUUGCCCAGCAGUGGUUCGGAAAUCUCCUGAAUGGGUGCAUCAACAACUUUAGGAUGCUUGCGUUCUUGUUCGCCUCAAAUUUCUUCAUGAACAUACCCGCCAAAAAGACAAGCCUUGACUUGGGCGCGAUACAACAGGGAGACAGGGAGGGGCUCCGCUCAUAUGUCAGGUGGUUCAAUCUGGUGACAAUCCAGAUCCAAGGACUGUCUGACGAUGUUGCUUACACAAACUUAUUCAAGGGUCUGAAAGACGGGUCAGCCUUCAAGUUCGACCUCUUCCGGAAGAGGAUCUCCACUCUUCAGGAAGCACUGAUGGAGGCGGAAGCCUAUAUACAGGAGACCGAGCUCUACUCCACCAGCAAGCAGUCGGACUCAAAGAAGUCCGACAAACAAAAAGGGAGUCGGCAAGAACAACCGGCUCACAAAGCUGAAGAGAGCAAGAAGAGAAAAGAGAUCUAG